AUUAAAAAUUUAAAACAAGUAGUGAGGGAGAGAGAGAGAUAGAGAGAGAAGUUAGUUGGAAGAAGUCUUCUGUCUCUUCUUCUGUAUCUCUCCCCUCUAAAAAGACACGGGCGGCGAAGUGAAAUCUAUCUAUCUAUUCCUUUUCCUUCACAUUAACGUUUUCAUCGGAAGAUCUAGCUUGAAAGUUAUCUCCGACAUCAGAUCUCUAACGAGUCAAAUCUCGACCUUGCCUUCUUUUUCAGUGAAGAUGGAAGCUAGAAACGGGAUGGAGAUGAAUAAUCUGGAAAGAGAGUAUAUAAGGAGGCAGCACCAUAAGCAUGAGCUUGUGGAGAAUCAGUGUAGCUCUACGCUUGUUAAACACAUCCAAGCUCCUGUUCAUAUCGUGUGGUCACUCGUGAGAAGAUUUGAUCAGCCACAGAAAUACAAGCCAUUUAUCAGUAGAUGUGUUGUGAAAGGAGACAUGGAGAUUGGUACUGUACGAGAAGUUGAUGUGAAGUCAGGGUUACCUGCAACUAGAAGCACCGAGAGGUUGGAGUUGCUUGAUGACAAUGAGCAUAUUCUCAGCAUCAGGAUCGUUGGUGGUGAUCACAGGCUCAAGAACUAUUCUUCGAUUAUCUCUCUUCACCCUGAGAGGAUAGGAGGAGGAAGAAUGGGGACACUUGUGAUCGAGUCUUUUGUGGUGGAUGUACCGGAAGGGAACACAAAGGAUGAGACUUGUUACUUUGUGGAAGCUCUAAUCAAAUGCAAUCUUAAAUCUUUAGCUGAUAUCUCCCAACGUCUUGCCGUUCAAGACACAACAGGAGGUUCCCCAUGAACAGAGAGAUUUGGUUGCCGUUGGAUGAAAGCUUUCAAAGGGAAAAGAGAGAGAAAGUCUCUUUGAGGAUGAUGGACAAGGCAAAUAAUAAUCUAUCAUUUAUUGUUACAUAAUAAGUCCCUUAUUUAACUUUUUUUAUUUUGUUAAUUUGAUGAAUGUUUUUGGUUUCUUCUCUAAAGAACCAAAUAUGAUUUUGGAGUUUUGCUUUUUUGCCACUUGAAGGAAUCUUUAAAUUUUUGCA